AUGGAGAGGGCAAUUAUCAGAGACUUGGUCUCUCACGUAUUAACGUUCUCAACACAUUUACACAAGGCUAUGAACUUUGUGUCUGAACUUGAUUGCCUGUUGUCAUUGGCAAUGGUUGCUCGCCACAACAAUUAUGAUAUUCUGUGCGAUGGGAGGCAAGCUUAUGACAGUAGAACAGUCCACUUUUAUGAUAGAUCUACAUCAAGUGGGAAUGAGCUAAGGUUCAUGAAAUGGCAUGUUGUGAUUAGGGAUACUGAUUUAUACUGCAGAAUCGUGUUUUUCUAUGAUGUUCUGGUGUGCACUCACUUGACCGAGUUAUUUAAUAAAAGUUGCUUACCAAAGUCUGAGAAAAUAAACUUUUACACCAUGAGCAUGCUACGGCCACAGGAGAACUCUACAAAUGUUGAAGACAUUAUCUUUCUAUACCGGUUAGUUCCCGGACAUGCAGCUCUCAGCUAUGGACUACAUUGUGCACUACUAGCAGGUAUGUUCAGAGUUUAUAAGACUGAAUUUGUUGCCAUUUCAUCACUAUUUGCAUAA